AUGGGUAAUCGACAUCCCGCUCCGGUGCAACAGACGACAGCACCAAGGUCUUUUUUUCUUGUGGUUGGUGGGCCAUCCAUUAGAUACAUUAGAGAUCCUCCUGCACGUGGUCCUCUUAUAUUUGAUGUAGAGACGGAACAGCCUGAUGAUAACGAGUCUGUACAACGUGCAGAAACUGUGCAGCUACAGGUGGCGGUUCCAUCUAGACAAUCGUUCAAAUUAAAACAAGUAAAUCCAGGGAAUAAAAACUUUGGUUUUUUGCUGAGUUUUUCACUUGGUAUGAUAAAACCAGGGAAGAUGCUACGUGUGCUUGCAGGUGUAGAUAUUGAGUAUGUUCCAGGUGAGGGGGUUCAAUUAAUGCAGUCAAAGAAGAGUCAAAAUCCAUUUUGUGUUUACGAGGUCGUACAUCCAGAGGACUUUGAAGAAGAAAUAGAAGUGAGUGAGGUGUUGCACUUGGAGAAACUCUCUCACACUGCGAUGUCUGCAGAUGAGAGUGGGGCAAAACGUCUCACGUAUGCACCUAUUGUUAUAGAACUUAUGUAUGAGGUGACUGUAGAAACAGAAACUACCACUACCUCCUCACAGGAAGAUGUGUAUGAGAAUCUGUCGGAGAGAGAAACAUUGGUGGAUCAUAUGCAGUCUACCUCAUCCCACUCCACUACACCAUCCCCUAGUGUUGCGACUAACAUUGGAGUUCACACAAUGCGAAUAGUACAGUAUACUUUUCUUGAUUUUCCCGACGCGGCACUGGAACGGACGGCGUUAACAUCUUUUCUGCGAGAUGAGAACGGCAAUAACGCCGAUCGGCCGGUAUAUGAGGCGAAGGUGGCCCGGCAGUUACUGCAGCGAGGCACCGAAGUAUACGAACUCGAUGAUGUCUUUGAUCUUGGUGCCUGUGAUGAUAUUAGUGAUGAAAUGGAUGAGGCCGAGGCCGAGGAGGCGGGUCUCUGUGUUAUUUGCCUCACAAACCCAAAAGACACCAUUCUGCUUCCCUGCCGGCAUAUGUGUUUAUGUCAUGAUUGUGUUGCGGUGUUGUUACUGCAGCCAAAUAACCGUUGCCCGGUGUGUCGUUCGGCAAUCGCACGCCACAUGACAGCGUAG